CCUAAUUCUCCAUUCUAAUCCAUCCCAAGAACACCUUAUUAAUACUACGCGUCCAUUACCUGCCUUGUCUGCCUACCUAGACUUUGACUUACUAAGGAAGUUAAGUGUCUUUACAUUAUUACUUGCCUGCUCUUAUUAUACUCCAGUAAAGUCUCGUGAAGCCUUUAACAUAUCUCAUCUUCCACAAUGAGUCGGAUAGCUGUCAAGAUGGAUACGGAUACGAUCCCCGUCACUGGGGUUCAGGAGCUAGACAAGCACCUUGAUGAGCUUCUAGCGGAUCCAACCCUAUUGCCAACUGCUAAGCUAUUUGACGAUGUAGAACUUCAACUUACAGACGCUAAUAUUCCACCUCUCAUCCCAACACUUCUUCCAAAAAUCACAGAGAUACUUAAACAGUAUCAACAAGACCCAUCGAUCUUAUGUAGCUUAGCCAUCAAGCUUCUUGGUCCCCUAAACUUUACUCAGAUCAUGUCUCUAGCUUCGGAAGAAUCUAUCAUACAAGCUUUACGAUCUCCGGCUCCCUCGGCAAACAUUCUUGCUAUGACUGUUCUGGAGAAGGCAGCUAGAUCACCAAGCGACGCAGCUAUACUUGCCAUGAUGAACAAUGUGGUUACCAAUUUCCUAGCACAAUGGUUAAGUGCCCCACAGGUCGGAGUGGGCGAGAAAGGGUCCAAGGUCUUGGGUGAUCUUCUUGAUGUCGAUUGUGAUACUCGACCCCCGGAUGGUUUAUCUGUCAACGGAAUGGAGAUUGCUGUAAGAAAGCCGCCUGGUCAGGGGUUAGUAUGGCGAAGGAUAUUCCAAGAUCGAGAUAUAUACGAUUUGAUACUAUCUCAUUGUACCGAUGGUCGUCUCAGCUCUCAGCAACAGUCGCUCGCCCAGGGUCGUUUACUCCGGGUUUUACCUCGUCUUGCGGCCUUGAACUUCCGCGCAGUAACCUGGACCGAUUUUACCGAUUUAAAUCAGCGAUAUGCUAAUUUUAACGGCAAUGGCGGGUUAUUACAUUUUGCUGCUUUGCACAUGAUCGAUAAAGAGGAUAUGCUGGUGCACCUUAAUCUCAUCGACUUUUUUGAGGCGCUGCUAAGUAUUCAGCGGGUCACACCAUUUUCUACUUACAAAAUGGAGACCCUUUCGAAGCUCGUAAAAGAUGCUACCACACAAGACGACACCCUGAAAAAAGCGAUCCUUACUUUACCCGAGCGUACAAUACCUGAAGAGGCAGAAGAUCUGACUCGGUUCAUCCACGAGGUCAUAAAUUCGCAGUAAGGAUCAAUGGACGGCACGUUCAGUGUUUUACUACUUUAAUAUUUAAGAGGAAUGAGACAACUUUCCCAAUACCUCUUGGGUAUAUAUCUACGAGGCUAGUUUUGCCAUGUGAGCUCCUAUCUUCCAACUACUACAAUGUGCAAACCAAACCCUGAUACAAUAUCCAGCACCUGUUCG